AUGGAGAUUCCAGAUGAAGGGGCAGGAAAGACUGGAAAAGCUUCUAAAAUGAAGGAUAAAGGAGACACUGAGAAAAAUCACACAAAGCAUCAAAAAAUCAUUAGCCAGAAGAAGAACUCAAGCUGCUGGAAUUGUACCCUGUAUCCCAAACUAGGAAUGGAUGCUUACCAUGACUGUUUUUGUCAAAAAGAAGAUAAAAUCGGGAAAAUAUGGAGAGUCAUCCCAUUGAAUUCAAUUUAUCUAAAGCUGCAGGAAUACGCCAGGGGGCUCUGGGAUCACAGAAACAUUGGAGAUGCUCUCAUAGGAAUGAGAAUGGAAGCUCCAUCAAAACAGGCUGUCAGAGAAUUUACAGAAGCCCUUUACUUCUGUGCAGACAACAGAUGUAUUGCAGGCUUCAAUCUGUACCUGCUCAGAGGUGUGAAGAAUUCCUGCACGGAAGCAAUGGCAGAGAGGAACAAGCGGCACCCAGGGCUCACUGGCCUGAGGAAUCUGGGCAACACAUGCUACAUGAAUGCAAUUUUGCAGUGCCUCUGCAGCGUGUCACCGCUUGUGGAGUUUUUCCUCUCAGGAAAGUACAAAGCAGCCCUACACAAGGAGAAUGGCCAGUCUGUGGCUGCCUUUGGCUGUUUGAUGUCCGACAUGUGGCUUGGAGAGUUUGGCUGUGUUUCCCCAGAGGUUUUUCAUUCAGCCCUCGGGAAGCGGUACCCAGCCUUCAGGAACAGGACUCAGCAGGAUGCGCAGGAGUUUCUGAUCUGUGUGCUGAAUGAGCUCCAUGAGGCUCUCAAGUCAAGCAAAAGACAAUGCAUACCCGAUGCAAAAGCAAGCAGAGGGAGUGUCAGUGAAACAUCUAUUAUCACACAGCUAUUUGAGGGCCAACUCAGUUACGAGAUCACAUGUCUGGAAUGUAAGACCACCGCCAAGAGACCCGAGAGCUUCACCGUUCUUUCCCUGCCCGUCCCUUCUAAGAGUGCGUGCUCUCUGCAGGACUGUCUCAAAUGCUUCUUUCAGCAAGACACACUGACUUGGAACAACCAAAUCCACUGUUCCUGGUGUGGAAUGAAACAAGAUGCUGUGGUAAAGAGCAUCAUAACCAGGGCACCGCAGAUUGUUAUUUUUCACCUAAAGAGGUUUGAAUGGCAAGACAAACACAAAGGGAAACUCUUGACCGACAUCUGCUAUCCACUCAGCAGCCUGGAUCUCUCUCCUUACACUUCCCCACCUUUGUGCAAGCACGCGGAGUACAGCCUGUGUGCGAUAGUGAACCACUCUGGUUUUCUGGAUGAUGGCCACUACACGGCGUUCUGCAAGCACUCAGUCACCAAAAACUGGUACAGCUUUGAUGAUGAGCAGAUCACUGAGAUCCCAAAUUCCUUGGUGCAGACUGGCAAUGCUUAUCUCCUAUUCUACACCUGUCAAGGACUUCCAUGCACCCCUUAA